UUAUUUUGAAGGUGAGGAGCGGAAGAUGUUUGUUGUCCGUCUCUUCGUCGCCGGUCCGUUCACUCGCCGGUCCAGAUACUUCCAACAUGAGGAAGUGAAGACACUUUUAAAGAUGGUUUACCUGAAGCUGUUUCAUCUUUGAACAUCAUGAUGCACACCAGAAGGACGUUGUCUCUUUUAAGAGGCUGGUCGGGUGUUUGCAGGUGUCAAACUGGAAACCAGUCAUCCAGGACCAGUUCCAGUAGCAGCAGCUUGUUCAUGGACUCUAACAGCAGCAGUGCAGGGCUGAUCCUACAAUCCCAGUCCACCGAUGUGUACCAGAACCUGGCUCUGGAGGACUGGAUUGACGCCAAUGUGGACCUGCAGCAGCACAGCAUCAUGCUGCUGUGGAGGAAUCGGCCGGCUGUGGUCAUUGGACGCCACCAGAACCCCUGGACUGAGUGCAACCUGUCGGCCAUGAGGAAGGCAGGGAUCUCUCUGGCCCGCAGGCGGAGCGGCGGCGGGACGGUCUUCCACGACCUCGGAAACCUCAACCUGACCUUCUUCACCUCCAAGAAGGCGUACGACCGGCAGAGGAACCUGAAGGUCGUCACUGACGCUCUGAGGCGGGUUCGACCGGGACUGGACGUUCAGGCCACAGACAGAUUUGACAUUUUACUCAAUGGACACUACAAGAUCUCAGGCACUGCGUCCAGACUGAGCAGGAAGUCGUCCUACCAUCACUGCACCCUGCUUCACUCUGCUGACCGCUCCGCCCUCUCAGCCGUCCUCAGCCCUUCCUGCCCUGGUAUCCAUAGCAACGCCACACCCAGCGUUCCCUCACCUGUCGCCAACCUGCUAGACCACGCCCCCACGCUGCGGUGGGAGGAGCUUUUCGACGGACUGGUGCAUCAGUACAACGCAGAGUUCGGCCUCAGCUCUGCGUUGACGCUCGUUAACCCCACUGACGAGUGUACGUUUCCUGGCCUCAGCAGGAUGGCGACAGAGCUGCGCAGCUGGGACUGGACGUUCGGUAAGACGCCUAAAUUCAGCGUCCAGACCCUCCUGGACCUGACGGAUGGGCGAUCGUCUGCUCGCAGCUCAGCUCAGCUGCAUAUGGAGGUAAAGAACGGGCUGAUCGAGAGCUGUGAGCUGGACGUUCCUGCAGACUGGCUUCCUCUGCGGCUGAGCGGUGAGCUGGUGAACACGCUGGUCGGUGAAAGGUUCUGUCCGUAUGCAGCAUCUGCGGCUGUUGCUGCGCUGCUGCGAUCCGAGAGCAGCGAGCUGCAGAGCAGACUGCACAACCUGUGUGACGCCGUGCUGUCUGUGAUGGGCUGAAAUAAAAUGGAUGGACGGAAACAA